AUGCUCGGCGCCGCGAAACGCUUCUUUGCGCAGCAGCAGCCGCGCGCCCGGUCUCCAUCCUCAUCGGUUUCCAAAGCUUCUGGAGGCGAAGCGGCCACUGCCGAGAGCUUGUCGCACCUCGAGCGUCUUAAGGAUUUGUGGCGCAAAUACGGCAUCGUUGCCAUUGGCACGUACCUGUCCAUGUAUGGAGCUGUGCUCGGCUCCAUGUACCUGGCCAUCGAUCAGGGCUGGCUGCGCACUAACAGAAGGACCAGCUCAAAGGGUGAAGGGCAGUCUGACGAAAGCUUUAACCUCGUUGCAACGACGAACAAGUGGAUUGCGGAGGAUUUGGGCAUUGCGCAGUACUUAGAAGUGGAGCAAGUGAGCUCGAAGACGGGGACAUUCUUGCUGGCGUGGAUCGCGACCAAGUUCACGGAACCUGUGCGCCUGGCGCUGACGAUCGCGGUGACGCCACGCAUUGCGCGUUUCUUGGGUCGCGCGCCUAAACUUCCACCCAAGGCGCCGGGAAAGAUUGCUAGUAUGAUCAAGAAACAAACAGCUUCGAAGGAGAAACCCGAGGCGUAA